CCGUCGUUAAGUCGUCAUAACCACUUAAAGCGCAUACACGGACGAAAAUAAUAAUAAUAACAAUAAUAAUAAUAAUAGUAUAAUAUCGUUAAAACCGAAAAUCGCGGAUCGCCGUCCCUCCCCCGCGCCGAAAUACCGACUUUACCAUACUAUCGUGCAUUAUUAUACUUUUCGGAAAUUUCGUAAUUWAAUUUUUUUUUUUCGUUUUUCUCAAGUGUUUACUGACCACGGUUCGGUUUUUUUCCGUUUUUAUUUAUCAAUUCGCGAGUCGUAUAAAUAAACAUAUAUAUAGGUACACUAUAUAUAUAUCGCCGGUCGUCGUUAAAAAUUUUAUACUCUGCUCGUAAAAACCGCGGGCGCGCGCGCGAGUUUUACGACCCGUCUGGAUAUACGACGACGUCGGCGAGAUGACCCUUUUUACGACAAAUUAAACGGUUCGUAAAGCCGACAAAAAGUGUUUUCGUCUAUAAAGUGUGUGUGUAUGUGUGUGUGUGUGCGUGCGCGUGCAAGCGUAAGUGUGUGUCUGCGUGUGUGCAAUAUUAUUUGUACGCCUGCAUCGACCUAAGCUAUGCGAUCUUGACGAAAUAUAAUAUCGUAUUAUAUUAUCUUCAUAACUGUACCAUUGACCGAAGUCUAUAAGGAGGAAGAAAAAUUUUCUCGACGCGUCAGCGAAAAAAAAUCGCGUCUUUACACUGUCCCACGUGCAGCCACCGAGUGUGAGCGAAAAAAAAAAUCAAACAAAAAUUUACGUCGAAUUAUAAGACGUCAUAAUAUUAUUAUAGUCGCCGAACUAUAAWAAAAGUCGCAACCGUAAGAUGAAUUCGUACUUCGAGCAGAGCGGUUUCUACGGUGGACAUCACCAUCACCAGUCGUCGUCGGCGCAUCACCACGACCAGAACGCCGUGGCGGCCGCGUACCGGUUCCCGAUCGGUUUGGGCAUGUCACCAUACGCGUCUUCGCAACAUCAUCACCAUCACGGACUAUCGCAGUCCAGGGCCCCGCAAGACAGCCCGUACGACGCUUCUGUGGCCGCGGCCGCGUGCAAGCUCUACGGCUCCAGCGGUGGCGGUGGUGGUGUCGGCGGUGGUGGCGGCGGUGGCGGAGGGGGCGGCUCCGGCGGCGGUGGCGGCAGCGAUCAGUCAUCCGCGGCCGCCGUGGCCGCGACAUAA